UCCACCAAGACCAUAUGGUGUUUUUCAUAAAAGAGAGAGAUCAUUCCCUUGACUUUGGACUUCGCUUAUUGAACCCCUGAACAGAAUCAAGGUUGCUAAGAGACCACCUGUGCUGAAUGCACUUUGUUCUGGCAAGAGCAGAAAACUGAGAAGCCGUGUUACCUACCACUAGCUGGGAUUAAUUCAGGAGCGGGAGUGUUCUGGAUAUGACUGGUAAAAACUGGAUAUUAAUUUCUACUACUACUCCCAAAAGUCUAGAAGAUGAAAUUGUGGGAAGACUUCUAAAAAUUUUGUUUGUUAUCUUUGUUGACUUAAUGUCUAUUAUAUAUGUUGUGAUAACUUCUUAGAAAGCUGACUUCCUUUCCAUGUACAUUUCAAAUUGAAUUACAAUGAAUAAAAAUGUGUAUUUUAAUAUGU